UGCGCAGCUCCUCCUUGCCAGCCACGCGGACAGCAGCAGUGUGCCGAUCGGCCGCAUCAACUUAGCGUCCGCGACUGAAGUGCCGCGAGAGAAGAAGUCAGUGUCAUUCACAGACGAGACCCUGAAUUGCUACAAAUAAAGGCAGCACUCGCCGCAACCAGCAGCAUGCAGGUCAUGGACUGUGUGGCUAACCGAGUGAAGCCGCUGGCCAGACUGCACAUCAGGGCGGCCUUGUUGUCAUCGACCCGUCGGUCGAGCGACGAUGCGUCGUUGCGUCGUCGUCGCCGUCUCCUCUACGACCGCAUUCUUCGUGUGGACCUCGCCGGAGAGUUGGGCGCCGACCGCAUCUACGCUGGCCAGAUGUGCGUGCUGGGUCGCGACCCCGUCGUCCAGCACAUGUGGGAGCAGGAGAAGGAGCAUCUCCGCGCCUUUGAGCGUCUCCUGACUCAGCACCGGGCUCGUCCCAGCGCACUACGACCCCUUUGGGGCUCUGCUGGAUUCGCACUAGGCUUCGCUACGGCGCUCCUGGGCCAACGCGGCGCCAUGGCGUGCACAGUAGCUGUGGAAUCGGUCAUCGCGGAGCACUACGAUAACCAAAUCCGUGAGCUGCUGGCCAACGCUGGCGAGGAUCACGCCGAGCUGCUCGACUUGUUGCGGCGCUGUCGAGACGACGAGCAGGGACAUCACGACGCCGGCCUUGAGCACGGUGCUGAAGAGGCGCCACUCUAUGGUCUUCUUACAGCCACCAUCAAGGCCGGCUGCCGCGGCGCCAUUUGGGUCGCCGAAAGGAUUUGACUCUCCCACGAGCAGGGAUUGCAAUGCGCAUAUGUUGUCUUAAUCCUUUGUAAGAUGCAUGGUGAGAAAAAUGGCUCGCAUUUGUCAGUGGUAAGUUUCCUCAGGGUUCAUAAAUCAGCUGGCAAAGCACACUGAGCCCGCAUGUCAUUAUCAAAAAGAAAAACAGUUUCCGUUUUGCUGAUGAAAUAAAUACAAGUCGAUUGUGCUGUG